GCGGAGGUCCUGGGACCCCGAGGCACGCCCGGCUCCCGGGGAAGCUCAGGCAGUGGGCCGGCCUUCCCGUCGCGGGCGGGCGGGGCGGGGCGCGCGUCCUUACCAGCAGCUCUGUCGCUCGUGAGUUCCGCUCCUGCCGCCUCUGUCGCCGAGAGCCACUUCCUUAUCGGUGCAACCGAGGGCUGAGAUGAGGUGCUUUCCAGCUUUGCGGGUUUCCGGGAGUGGGAUUCUGAGCAGCGCGCGUUCUUGGAGGGCGCCGGAGGCUCGGGCUUGGCGCGCCUCGCUUGCCUGCGCUCUGCGGUGCGCUCCGGAAGGAGAAUAGUGGGGUCAGGAGAGGCCCCAGCAGUGGGAACAUUGGAUUAAUUACCUUCGGGGUGUUCUCUUUGAGGACGUCUCUUGCCCGUGUCGCCACUUCCCUCCGCCUACUUUUAAAGCUUGGGUUUUUCAAAGCUUCAGCGUUUGACGGUGGGCAAGGGGCAGGCUGCAGGUGGCCGCCAGCGCUGCUGUAGGGAGGUCUGGCCGGGCGAGGUGUGCGCUGGGGCGGGGCGGGGAAGGGGGGAGUCGUGCACUAUUGCGGGAGGACAGCCUCAGUCCGGCAGAGCUAAGGCGGAGCUGACCUGGAAACCUGUCCUUGGCCACUGUCCUAUCUAAGGAACUCACCUUCCAGAGCUCGCCCGCACAGAGCUGGCGGGGUGUCCGCUUAGGAGCAGAGGCAAUGGCGAUCUUCAGGCAGCUGUCCCUGGGCGCAAAGGCCGCCCUGGCUGCCGGCACUGUCUUCGUGUCCAUGGUUGUCUCCCGGUCCUACCUGGCGGAGAGCCUGGAGUUCAGGGCCUGGAGAUGCCUGUUCCGCCUGCAGCUCGCCCUGUUUGCCAACUCGCUCAUGCUCCUCGGCUCCAUCUACAUCUGGCGUAGCACCGUCAGCAAUCUCAGGCAUUCCCCGGCUGCAGAGUCAGCCUGCUUCCAGCUCUGGAAGAUGAUCGUCGCGGCCUUCCUGGCCCUGGCGCAUUCCAGCUUCUUCACCAUGAUCUUUCUAGUGGCCGAGGAGCCCUAUCUCUUUUCCCUGGUUGCCUACACCUGCCUUGGGGCGUAUGUCAUCAUGCUCUGCUUCCUCUGUGUCCUCAGCGGCAUGGAGCAGGCCUACCAGCUCCUGGCCUGGCGCGCCGGCAGGGCGGUGGGCAGCCUUGACAAGACCAGGAAGCUGGCCCUCCGGCCGGCACUGGUGGUGGUGGUAACCACGGUGCUCAGCGUGGUGGGGCUGCUGAACGCCGCCCAGCCCCCAGCGGUGACCACUGUGGAGGUGCCCAUGCAUCGGCUGCACCCCUCCAUGAACACCCUCAAGAUCGUGCUCCUCUCGGACAUCCACCUGGGCCCCACGGUGGGCAGGACCAAGAUGGACAUGUUUGUGAGGAUGGUGAACACGCUGGAGCCGGACGUCACGGUGAUCGUGGGCGACCUGUGCGAUUCCGAAGCCUCUGUCCUGCGCACCGCUGUGGCUCCUCUGGGCCAGCUGCGUUCACGCCUGGGCACCUACUUCGUCACGGGCAAUCACGAGUACUACACGUCAGAUGUCAGCAACUGGUUUGCACUGCUGAUGUCCCUGAACGUCCAGCCCCUCCACAAUGAGAACGUGAGGAUUUCUGCCACCGGGGCCCACAGUGAGGAUGACGACUGGAUCUGCCUGGCUGGGGUGGACGACAUCGAAGCGAACAUCCUGCACUACACUGGCCAUGGCAUGGAUCUGGAGAAGGCCCUGGAGGGCUGCAGCCCGGACCACCCCACCAUCCUGCUAGCUCACCAGCCCCUGGCUGCCAAGAGAGCCCUCCAGGCCCGGCCAGAUAUUAACCUGAUCCUUUCUGGGCACACGCAUGCUGGGCAGAUCUUCCCCUUGAACGUGGCAGCCUAUCUCCUGAACCCCUUCUUUGCUGGUCUCUACCAGGUGGCCAAGUCUACAUUUGUAUAUGUGAGCCCAGGCACGGCCUAUUAUGGGAUACCCAUGCGUCUGGGCAGCCGGGCAGAAAUUACCCAGCUCAUCCUGCGGCCCGCCCCCUGACCCCACCCCUGCCUGCCCCCUGUCCACCUGCCUCCUCAUUGCCCUUGUCCUCUGUCCCCAUCCCUCUGCAGGGCAGGCCGCCCAUCUACCCCCUCCAGCCUCCCCUGCCAACCCACACUUGUCACAAGACUGGCUGGCACCGUGAUCUGUGCUGAGGCUGCCUGGCAAGUCCAGGGAGGUUAACUCUGCAGAUGACCACCUGCUUUUUCAUAUGCAUUUGUGAGGCCACUCAAGUAACAUGUGUAAGGACGGGCAUCUAUUUUCCAAAUGAUGUGAAGUAAGCCCUUCUCUGCAGAACUCACAAGGAUGUCCUGAAAACAGGGGUUGCUGAAUAGCGAUGCCUCUGGCAAGUGGAACAGCGAAGGGACUCUUGGUGUUCUAAAAAUCUUCUUUCGAGCCUAAGCAGUUUCCAGAAAUCAGUGAUCCUGAGCUUUCUGGGGAAGGGGCAGUGGGGCUAGGUAAUCUGGGAGAACAGGCAAGAUGGAGGCCCCUCUGGCUGCUGGAAAGGUUUACUUUUCCCUCUUGAUUCUAUCAGAGUCACCUUUACUGAGAGCACCAGCCAAACCGUCUGGAAUACGGGGUCCCUCCUGUUCCUCUGGGCCCUGAUUGAUGCUCUCUAACUGGCUGCUGGACCUUUGGGAUUGGGGGUGGAGUGGAGGGAUGUGAGCACCACAAGAUGAAGGUCAUGGUGCUGCUGCCUAGAAUUCAGAGGGUGUUUGCCAACCUUGACUCCAUUUGUAUUACAACACUUGGAUGGAGUGAUUCGGGACAGACAACUUGCCCUUGCUGAGCGAUGAGGAAACUAAGGCAAAGGGAAGUUAGGGCACUGGCAACAUUGCAAGGGUUGUGGGAGAUUCUGGGCUGAGAGCCAGGUUUCCGCCUCCCAACAGAAGUGUUCUUCCCACUGCCUGAAUCCUUACAGGUGAGAACGGGAUUCAAACACAAGUAACAGUAUCGAGAAGGGCCUGGAACCUGAUGUCCUUUCCAAGUGCUCUCCUUGAGGCUGAUUUCAGUCCAUCAUAACUACAUGGGCCGGCCCUGGAACGGGGUUAGACAGUUUCAAUUCAGGGCAACUGUUAUAUGGGAGGGACAGCCAGGAAACUGAGGACCACACCCUCCACCCCAGGUUGGAGGUUCGCGCUCUCCCAAUGCGAGGUUAAGGCUUGCAUCGGGAGUGGCCAGGGCCUUUCCUCCCUGGGGGUCCUGGCUUUGGGAUGCUGGGCUAUCUUUCCUCUCCAGCUGAACCCAUCAGAGUUACCCUUGCGCUUUGGUCAUGGAACCAGAAGGCCAUCCCUCUGCUGGAUCCACAGAAAAAGAGGCAGGGGUCAAUAUGUCUGGAGCAGCCCUGACCCCACUGGCUGGCCUCUGUGCCAGAGACAGGGGACCCUGUGACCGUGGGCUAGCAGUAAAUCCUGAUAGAAAAGGCCUCAGUGGGAAUCUUUCUGUGAUCUCUGCCCCGGGGGCAGGCGGGGGGGGGGGGGGCGCUCCUCACCUUCCUGCUCACUUGUCAGGCAGCACUGGGCAAACUUGACGUAACUGAGCCUCAGUUUCCCUCACCCUGAAAUGAGGAUAAUUACUGUGUGUACCUCAAGAUUGUUUUGAGGGGAGGGUAUUAAAACACGGUGAAAACAAAAACACAAAACACGUGCUGCAACAGUUGCCAGGGCUCGGUCACAAGGAAGCACUCGAUGUUGCUAAUUUUAAAGCAUCCCAUGGGGCGUGCAGUGGUGCUGUUGGUCCCAGGUGCCCAGAGAAAUUGUGGAGCAGCCACUCCUAGGGAAUGGGAGUGGGUGCCAUGCCCAGGGGCUUGUCAGAGCGGCAGCUGCUGGCGUUGCUUUCCUCUGCCUCUCUGCCUGCUUUUGUCUCCCUGUGUACACUCCGCCUGGCCAGGGCAUUUCUCCAUUUCCCCAGGCAAGUGUCAUUUGCUUCUCUUCUUGGUCAGUGGAACCCUGGGGGAUCCUGGAGACCACCUCCCUUGUUUCCAGGCAGCCAAUAUGUUGACAGCCGGCCUUCCAGGCAAGUUUAAAAUGCAUCUUUGUGUGGAGAUUUCAGUGGUUUCCUUCCUGUUUACCCCCUGUAUUUAAUCGUCCUUACAGUCAGGAUUAUGUUUGGAGAAAAACUUAUCUAGAAGCAAGGAAGGGACCCUGGAGAGCCUUCCUUUGAACACAUUUUGCAGAUGGUGGGGUCGUGGGAGGGGGAAGUGUUUUGCCCUGGGCAGCGCCCAGCUCAGCUCCAGUUCUCUGACUCCCUUCUCCGUGGCAUCACUCAAGCUCCCCGCCUCUCCCCGUCUCAGAAAGGUCGCUCUCCCAAACCCCCUCACUCUCGUACCUGACCCCAGCUGGGACCCCUGGCUCUCUGACUCGCUUGUUUGGAUCCCCCCAGUCUAUGUCAGUUCUGCCAUUUGUCUUCCACCUUAUGGUGCAACAGGCCGUGUGUGUCUCUCUUGCUGCAACAAUUGUUAUUUCACUGAUUUCUUCACUGGGUAUCUUUCCGGCGCCUGAGCUGGAUGGGAUUUACUUGCGUCAGUCCUGUUUUCAUCUUGCAUCUUUGUCUCUUCUCCUCUGCUUGAGUGCCAGUAUUUUUUGAUCUUGUGCCCUGUCAUCCUUAUUCUGGGGUCCUUGGUUGAUGGAUUCCUGUCUUAACAGAAACAGGGCAGGUGCAUCUUCUGUGCCCAAGGAAUAGUCAGCAACACCCUCUCACGCUUGGUUUGUGUUCCUUGAUUUUAUGGUGGAAGUUUUCCGAGCAGGGAUUUCUCCAUUUCUCUUCAGAUAUGGUCGGAGGGGCAUGUGUGGUUUGCUCUCCAUGGCCCCCGGGCGCCUAUAUUCCCCCGUUCUUUGCUCAUUUACUGUCUUUGAUUUAUUUGUUGCCAGGGGAGGUGGUGAGAAACAUUUACUUGAAGCUUGAAAAUGCUUUCAAUUGCAUUCUAGUUUUUUUUUUUUUUUAUCUGUUAAAUGCAAGUUAAACAAAAAACUUUCUAAAAAUUAACAGUAGCAUGUGUAGUAUGAUACUAUUGUUAGAAAAUCCCCUUACAUUUAUCCUUCUGCUGUUCAUUCCAGACAUCCAUCCAUCCAUCCAUCCUUUUCCCGUCUUACUUUGUUUAUUCUCUUUAAAGCCUUUUACUGGGAAAAUUUGAAAGUAUUCAUGAAGUAGAGAAAACAGCAACUGAGCUCCCAUGUGCCCGUCACCCAGCUUCAACAUUUAUGACUGACUAUUCCACUGUUCUUUCUCAUCUACACCAGCCCCACACUCUUUGUUUUUGUCUGGAGCAUAUUAAGACAAAUCUUAGAAAAUAUGAUUUCACCCUAAAAUACUUCAGUAUGAAUCAAUUUUUAACAAGUAUAUCCAUAAUGCUAUUGUAUCCGACGAAAUUCACAGUAAUUCUUUAAUAUCAUCUAAUACCUAGUUAGGAGACUGGGGGCUAGAAGCUGUAAUAGGUCUUCUACCUCUUAAUAAGAGUGUUUUUUCCACUGUCUGAGGAUUAAGUAGCUAUAUCUAUUAUAGGUAAGUAUAGGAUUCAAAUGCAGUUAACUGGAUAAGGAUUAGUUUUCAGGGUUUUUUUUUUUAUUAUUAUUUCAAUUGUCUUUUGUGUGUGUGAUUUAAAAAAAACACAUAACGUAAAA